AUGGGUUCCAUCGCACAUCCAGCAUACACCCUCAACAACCCCUUUCGGACCAGGAUUCUAAAUGGCCAAAUCACACCGCUGAUGUCUAUUAAGUUUGUCACUGGCAAUGAAAUCCCUAUGAUGUGCAAGAUGGCCGGUGUUCAUGCUAUGUUCAUUGAUAUGGAACAUUCCGCCCUCGACAUGCGCACUGUCGCCCAACUUAUCCUCGCCUGCAAUUAUGCCGGUGUCUCUCCCGUCGUCCGUUCACCAUCCAAGUCACACUGGCAUAUCAGCCGCAUCUUAGACGCCGGUGCUGCGGCAGUUGUGAUCCCGCAUAUCGAGACCGUCCAGGAGGUCCGGGAGAUUGUGAAGCAUGCCAAGUUUGCCCCUCUGGGAACACGGGGAUGCACCAACAACCAGGCAGUGAUGAACUUCCAGCAUGUCCCGACACUCGUGCAGAAUGAGAUUCUAAACGAGCAGACCAUGUUGAUUCCGAUGAUUGAGACUCCGGGAGCAGUGGAGAUUGCCGACGAGAUUUUCGCAGUUGAGGGAGUCGAUGGGGUCUUGGUCGGCUCUAACGAUUUGUGUACCGACCUGGGCAUUCCCGGAAAGUAUGACAGUGACUUGUAUCAAGAUGCUGUCAUCAAGGUGAUCCAGGCGGCUAAUCGAGCUGGCAAGCCGGUGGGUAUUGGAGGUAUUGGCGGGCGACUGGACCUCCUAGAAAAGUGGUUCAAGAUGGGAGCAACCUGGUCCUUGAGUGGCCAGGAUGCGUCCAUGCUGCAAGCAGGAUUGAAGCAGAUGAGCAAGAACUACGGUGAAAUUAGUGAGCGUUUACAGAAGGAGCCCUAG